AUGCAAAAACAGGAGCAAUCGCCCGUUAAGCGGCGUUCACUGCGACCUGUCGCAUUCGCUGCAGUUGCUUUUUCAACCAUAUCGGUGAUAUCGUGCAUCAUAACGUUGCCGAUCAUAUACAGUCACAUACAGAAUGUGCAGUCUUUCAUGCAAAAUGAAGUCGACUUUUGCAAGACACGUGCACGUGAGAUGUGGAAGGAAAUGGUGCAGUUGCAAGCAGUCGUUGAUAUUCCCCCAAGCACGCCGAAUUCAAGAUUGAAACGCCAGUAUUCGGCAGAUCAGAUUCACGGAUCUGAUGUGAAUUCAAGUCCAAGCAGUGGAGGAAGUUGUUGUCAGUGUCAAAUUGGACCACCCGGGCCACCGGGUCCACCGGGUAGAGAUGGACGACCAGGGUAA